UUGGGAAAUUAAGUGAUUAAUCCUACCAACUUUUCUCUUAAUCAUCCCCGGAUGCACAGCUUAGUAGGGUUAAAGAUAUAUUUGAGAUUCGCUCAUCAAAAUCUUCUCUGAAUAUUGACAUCUACUGCUUCUUGAUUGAAGCUAGUUCGAAAAAUGCUGCCAGCAAUGGGACUCAGUGGCAUGCUGACGCUGGCAGUGUUGCUGGUAAGAGUCAGCCGGAGUCAUCAGGCAGAGACGUUAGACGUAGCGCGUCAGCAGGCGGAGACGUCAGACGUAGCGCGCUGCGUCGCGCUGACAGGCGGGGACGAUGAGCUGCUGCAGCGCGCUCAGCUCAUCUGUGCUACGUGCGCCUCCAUCUUCCAGCGCGCCAGCAUCGUCAGCCACUGCAGUUCCACGUGCUAUAUCAACGACGUUUUUGCCACAUGCUAUUCUUCUUUGAAGGAAACUCUUGAAAAAAUGCAAAUGGAUCCUUUUCACGUGGUCAAAAUGGACGUGGUUUUGAAUGCAGCUCAAAAAGAAAAUCAACGGAGGUUAAAUUCUCCACGAUUAACAACAUGAAACGAGAAUUCGAAAACUCCGAAGACGGUUUAUCGGUUAAAGCUUAAUUUCGUGAAGUUGCCGAUGCGUAAUUAUCAACGUAGUGCACAUUUUGCGAUAUUAUGAAUAAACUUAGGUUGUUUAAUCAACUGAUAUUCCUGUGCUACUUGCCGUAACACGGGAGUGAAAUUAUUUAUCCCU